GUCGGCGCGACGCAGACGCGGAGCGGCGGAGGUCGGGAAACCCAGCGGCAGCCCGGACGACUUUGAGCGGGGGGAAGAAGGCGUCAAAUCCCGGGGAGAACUUCACAGGGGGGAAUCCGCCAUGAGUUGGGGAACGGAGCUCUGGGACCAGUUUGAUAACCUGGACAAACACACCCAGUGGGGGAUAGAUUUCCUCGAGCGCUACGCCAAGUUUGUCAAGGAGAGGCUGGAGAUAGAACAGACCUACGCCAAGCAGCUACGGAGCUUGGUCAAGAAAUACUGUCCGAAGCGCGCCAAAGACGAGGAGCCAAGGUUCACAUCCUGCCUGUCAUUCUACUCUGUAUUGAAUGAACUGAAUGACUAUGCUGGCCAGAGGGAGGUGGUGGCGGAGGAGAUGGCUCAUAAGGUCUAUGGUGAGCUGAUGAGGUACAGCCAAGACCUUAAAGCAGAGAGGAAACAUCACCUGCAGGAGGGCAGGAAGGCCCAGCAGUAUUUGGAUCAGUGCUGGAAACAGAUGGACAAUAGUAAAAAGAAAUUUGAGAGAGAGUGUAAGGAGGCAGAGAAAUCUCAGCUGAGCUACGAGAGGUUAGAUAAUGACAUCAACGCCACCAAAUCAGAGGUGGAGAAGGCUAAAUCCCAGUUCUACCUGCGUACCCACAUGGCCGACGAGAGUAAGAAUGAAUACGCGGCACAGCUCCAGAACUUCAACGCGGAACAGUGGAAACACUUCAACAAUGCCAUACCACACAUAUUCAAGAACCUGCAGGACAUGGAUGAGCGCCGGACGGUGAAGCUGGGAGAGACAUACCGGAGCUUCGCCGAGGUGGAGCGGCGAGUCGUCCCGAUCAUUUCUAAAUGCUUGGAGGGAAUGGUCUCUGCCGCCAAAGCUGUGGAUGAGCGAAGGGAUUCUUCCAUCGUGAUCGAGUCCUUCAAGUCGGGCUUUGAACCACCGGGGGACUUCCCCUUUGAGGACUUCAGUCAGAACCUGAGCAGGACUGGUUCGGACGGAACCAUCAGCGCCACUCCCAAAGGCGACAGAGACAGAGACGGGGGCCCCGGGCCUCGAUCUGACCCAAAGCACUCCAUGGGCAAGGCCAAGAACAAACUCUGGCUGUUCGGGAAGAAACCCAAGGCUCCAUCUCUGGAGGAUUUCAGCCACCUGCCCCCAGAGCAGAGGAGGAAGAGGCUGCAGCAGAGGAUUGACGAGCUCAGCAAAGAGCUCCAGAAAGAGGUGGACCAGAGAGAUGCUCUGAACAAGAUGAAGGACGUCUAUGAGAAGAACCCGCAGAUGGGAGACCCCAGCAGCUUACAGCCUAAAAUAUCAGAGACCAUGUGUAACAUGGAGAAGCUGCGCUCUGAAAUACACAAAAACGAGUCGUGGUUAUCCGAGGUGGAAGGAAAGCAAAGCUCCAGAGGAGACAGAAGACACAGUGCUGACAACCACCAUCACACUCCUCAGGGUAGAGAGAGUCCUGAGGGCAGUUACACAGAUGACACAAACCAGGAGCACCAUACACCCCACCGCCACCACCCCAGCCCCCUGCAGUCAGGACCCCCCAACCCGGACCCCCACGAGUUUGAUGACGAGUUUGAUGAUGACGACCCGCUGCCCGUCAUCGGACACUGCAAAGCGCUGUAUUCCUUUGACGGUCAGAACGAGGGUACGCUGGUGAUGGCCGAAGACGAGGUGCUGUACAUCAUCGAGGAGGACAAAGGAGACGGCUGGACCAGGGCCAGGAAGCAGGGCGGCGAGGAGGGCUACGUCCCCACCUCCUACGUGGAGAUCACCCUGGAGAAGAACAGCAAAGGUGCUGUCACCUACAUCUGAAGCCACACACCACCACCCCCACCCCCCUCUCCCCCUCUGUCCUCCCUCCCCAGACAUCCUCCACACCCCCUGUCUCCGUCUCAGCGGAGGGGACGAGACGCCGCUUACGGACACCAUCCCCCCCCAUCUCCGUGUCCCCCCCCCCCUCCCUUU